GGCGUUUGAUUUCCGGCAAACGCGGGCGCUUUCCGCAAGAGAGGGUGCCAAGAGAACGUCGGCUGGAUGACGGAGGGGGUUGACAGCACAAGGCCUAAUCUGACCCUGAACACUUUCAGUCAAGGGAGAGCGCCUAGAAGUGAGUGGUUCGCACUAAUAGACAGCAGGCGUCACGGAUUUCCAUGAUAGCAGUCCAACAGGUGCAUCGUUUCUGAGCCAUGAAUUGAGCAGGCUAGCUGCGGGGCCUUCUCGACCCGAUAUUGGACCACACCGUACGUCUCUCAAGCUGCCCUUGGUCUAGCCCCGAAAACUCCAAUGUUCGACAUGGAACAUGACCGCCCAGACGCGUCUGAUACGAGUACAAAAUCAUUAACGCCCGGUUCUGGGUCGGGCUCAUCGCAAGAAGAUGCUCCGAACCGUGCAAAAGAUGGACUGGAAGAAGCUCCAUUGAACGGGCGCAUGGUGGCUUUCUACGAGAAUGACAACAACCGCAACCACGAUAAUAAUACAACGCCCGCCGACCUCAUACCCCACGAUGCGGUUCUCGAAACCGACCACUUCUCUGGGAAUGCGACGGAGUGUGCAAGACCAGAGGGAUUGGAUAUACAAGGACCCGUGCAGAUAGGAAGCGACCACAACUCCGCGAGCGACGAUAUCCCUAGAGAAGCAGAGGUCGACGAUCCCAGCUGUGACUCCCGGUCAAGAGAAUCAAGCUCGGCCACAAAUCACAAUCUCAUCAAUAAUCCCCCCAAUCUUGCAAGGAUACGCCAAGUGAUGUUCGAGUGCAAGGAUCCCAUAGAGAUUAGCUUGGAGGAAUUUGAGACUUAUUGGCCGUUUAUCGACAAUGUAUGGGUCAAACAGAGGUCUAAUUCCAGCAAAGAAGGGCAUUGCACUACGGACUAUUAUAUGUGUCGUUUGCGACGCCCCACUCAUCGUACGUCAGAAACUCGUCCUCUUCCUGAGGGCAAACGCCCCCGAAAGAAAAGGGUACGAGAGGGUGGUAUCUGCAACUUCCAGAUCAAAGUUGUCAAGUUCGAAGGAGCAUAUUCGACGGUGACAAUAGCGAGAACUCCAGGGAGCAGUCGGGUACACUCACAUGACCUUGAUUAUAUUGACCGAGUGAAGCGAAAUUCUGGACUAAUGGAGUUUGCGCGAAGGGAAGCAAUCAAGGGGUAUCUGCCUUCCUCAAUCUUCACGAAGUUCCAAGAAGAACCUGAAAAGCUCGUUGAAGCUGGGGGCAAGUUCUGUACAGUGACGGACGUGCGCAAUGUCUCGGCGAAGUGGAGGAUACAGAACCCCGACGUUAAACUUGUGGCGCAUGAAGGCUAUGAAUAUCAUAAGGGUCACGGCAUCGUAAGGAUGCGAGCGGCUGAUGGUAUCAGCAAUACCCCGGGCGACAAGUUACUCUCGAAUACAGCCAUACACGCACCUUUGCCCCCGGAUACGCUUUCCUUCCCUCGGUUCCCUUUAGAUUUUCUUGAGCCUUAUCUCCCAAAGCACAAUGACCGACGCCAGUUCCCUCAUGUCACUCUGUCCUAUGCAUCGUCGAUGGACUCUAAGAUAUCACUCCUGCCGGGCAUGCAAACUGUGCUAUCCGGGCCAGAGGCUAAAUUGAUGACCCACUAUCUCAGGUCACGUCAUGACGCGAUCCUCAUCGGGGUUGGAACAGUGCUUGCAGACAACCCCGGGCUAAACUGUAGGCUGGAAGGUGCAGGUGGGUUCGGUGGCCUUGGAAGGAUGUGGCAGCCGCGGCCAGUGGUAGUCGAUCCCACAGGGCGAUGGCCUGUACAUCCAGACUGCCGAAUGCUGAGGACUGCAGUAGAAGGGAAAGGCAAGGCGCCGUGGGUAGUGGUAUCCCCAGGAGCCAGGAUUGACCCACAAAAGUUGAUGAUGCUGAAGGGCUACGGGGGCGAUUAUCUCCGCAUCAUGGAGUACAAUCAGAACUGGCGGCUGCGCUGGGAAGCCAUACUACGUGCGCUGGCAUCUGAGGGGAUCAAAAGCGUCAUGAUCGAAGGCGGCGGGACCGUUUUGAGUGAGCUUUUGAACCCCGAAUACACCGAAUUUAUUGAUACUAUCAUUGUUACUGUCGCUCCAACCUAUCUUGGCUCCGGUGGAGUAAGUGUGAGCCCAGAUUCCAAGCGGGAUCAAGAAGGCAAGCCAAACGCUGCUCUGAAUCCUAGGGACGUGAAAUGGAUGCCCUUGGGUCAGAAUGUUAUAAUGUGUGGAAGAAUCCGGGUGUCGCCCCCUACUGAGUCCCCUACUACUACUACUACUACUACUACCAAUGCCGAGUCGUAAAACACACCAUUGUUGCCGAGAACAGAGUGGAUCCCCCAAAUCCAAAGGUGGCUGUCAGCGAAGUCACGAUGCAUCGAUGUUUUACAAGAACAGUUGGGGGACCGUCUACUGCUACAUAUGGCAGCUUGGCGAGAGAUAGCAGUCCCUACUAGUACUAGUAGUCAAGAAUGCCUGAGCAAUGGAAGAAGUUGAGCCCUCGGAAAUGAUCAACUUCAUGCAGGCAUUCAUUCCCAGGCCGGUACUAUAGCUCAUUUUGUACUCAAGGGCACCAAAAUAAGAUAGUAUAUUCAAUAAAGAUUUGGGGAGAGGGGGGGGAAACAAAGAAAAAAAAACAAAGAACCGUCCCUAGGAUGUGAAUGACC